CAAUCUAUAAUUUCAGUCUCGUUAAACGUCGUUACGUUUUAUUUGAUCUCAUUUACAAUACGCACCUGCCAAUUAAGAAGUGAAUAAAAUAAAAAGAGUGUAUUUGAAACAUGAGAUUAAGUCGUUACUAUCGUCUUACCAGCAGUGAACCUCCUGUUUCCCAGCUGAAACUCCCCGAGGAGGGCGUCGUCGUCUUCUUGCGGCUGUUGGGGGUCAACAGCAGCGGACAUCGCCCCCGGCAACCAGCAGGCGAAGAUUAUCGCACUCACCAUCAUCAUCGAAGGUCAUUAUCUGUCCGGUUUCCUGUUGCCCAGAUUCCAGAAACGACGGGAUUGGGACUAAAAAAGCAAUUGUUUUGACAUUGUCAACUAGGAUUCAGAAUUUUAAAAUGAUUUUGAAAAUUAAUGAUGUGGCUAUUAGAAAAAUACCAAAGGAGGGAUCAAGUAAGACAUAAAUAUCACAACGACUUAAUAAGGCAAGACGUGCUAUAAGUCAAGCUCUAUAUUGUUGCCAAAUAAUAAACAAAGACACAUCAAACAAAGAACAUAAAAUUGUACAAAGCAUUCUAUUAUAUGGAUCAUAGGUAUGGGAAACGACAAAAUGAGACAUACAAAGAGUGGAGGCGACAAAAAUGGAUUUCUUUCGCAGAAGCUGCGGAGUUUCGAGGCUAUAGAAAAUCAGAAACGAUGAAAUAAAGCGAAUAAUUUGCGUCAAGCUCUUUAAAAAAACUACUUACCGUCAUAUUGUUUAGCAUAUUUUGAGAAUCCUUGGAGGCUUUAUUAUAGGACAAUAAGGUGAAACAUAUGCAACCCAUAGUUUGUAAAUGCGUUUAUUAAUUACAUAAUUUGUAUACAUAAAUAUAUUUUGCAAUAAGAUUCAUAUUCCACAAAAAAAACAAUGAAAUAAAUUAUGGAUACAAAUUUCAUUAUCCAAUUAAACUUGGUCACGAUACGAUACUUUGGUGUCACUUAAAAACAGGCAUGAUAUAUAUUAUCGAAAAAUCGAUUCAUAAAAUAGAUUUUGAUUCAUUGUUUAUCACAAAUGUUCAAUAUGGACGGUAUUCAAUAAUACUGGGAGUAUCUGCAAUGUUAUUGAUAGAGAGCUGUCAAAACAGUGGAUACAAAUAAAAAAACCUUUACCUGUGAAUAUUAAACAU